AUGAAGUUCUCUGCAGCCUGCGUUAUCAUCUCUGCGCUCUUGGUCGGUUGCCAGGCGGCUGGUCUGAUUGUAAAGCGUCAAUCCAGCGGAUGCACCUGUGGUGAUAACUCAUACACCUCUGAUGAUGUCAAGGACGCCAUCAAGGCUGCAGACGACGGAGGUUCUGGGGAUUACCCUCAUCAAUAUCAUGACUACGAGGGCUUCGACUUUCCUUCAUGCAGCGGGACAUUCUACGAGUACCCACUCGAGUCCGGGAAUACCUACGACGGCGGUAGCCCAGGCGCCGAUCGUGUCAUCUACGACGAUGACGGUGACUUCUGCGCAUGCCUCACCCAUACCGGUGCUUCCAGUAAGAACGGAUUCGUGGAAUGUUAG